AUGGCACAAUGGGGUGCCAUAUUCUCUAUUGCUGUGGCUCUUGCUGGAGCAACGCUUUUAGCUUCUAUGCACAAGAUUGAUGAAGGACACACUGGAGUGUACUACAGGGGAGGAGCCCUCUUGACCACCACGAGUGGACCUGGUUUCCAUCUUAUGCUUCCAUUCAUCACCUCCUACAAGUCUGUCCAGACGACACUUCAGACAGAUGAGGUAAAAAAUGUCCCCUGUGGCACGAGUGGUGGAGUGAUGAUCUACUUUGAUCGCAUAGAGGUGGUGAACUACCUUGUUCCAUCAGCAGUGUUUGACAUUGUGAAGAAUUUCACUGCAGAUUACGACAAAGCCUUAAUCUUCAACAAGGUUCAUCAUGAACUCAACCAAUUCUGCAGUGUUCACUCUCUGCAGGAGGUCUACAUUGGCCUGUUUGACCAAAUCGAUGAAAACCUGAAACUAACAUUGCAAGAAGAUCUAACAAGCAUGGCACCUGGUCUCAUCAUACAGGCAGUACGAGUCACAAAGCCCAACAUCCCCGAGACCAUUCGCAGAAACUACGAGCUCAUGGAGAGUGAGAAGACAAAACUCCUGAUUACACAGCAGACACAGAAAGUUGUGGAGAAAGAGGCAGAAACGGAAAGGAUCAAAGCUGUAAUUGAGGCUGAAAAAGUGGCCCAAGUGGCAGAAAUCAAGUUUGGACAAAAAGUAAUGGAGAAGGAAACUGAGAAAAAGAUCUCCGAAAUUGAAGAUCAGGCUUUCCUGGCACGGCAGAAGGCCAAAGCAGACGCCGAGUUUUACACAACAUUGAAAGCAGCAGAAGCCAACAAGCUGAAGUUAACACCUGAAUACCUGCAACUGAUGAAGUACAAAUCUAUCGCAGCCAAUAGCAAAAUCUACUUCGGGAACAACAUACCCCAGAUGUUCAUGGACUCUGCUGGCACCCCAUUGAAGGCUUCAGCAGCCAUGGAUCUUGUGGGGGAGCAUAUCUUGAACAUGGAUUAG